CAUUCCCACUUCUAGAAAAUUCUCUCUCGGGCUAUAUAGAGCAGGAGAGUGUGCUACAGUUACACAAUCCUCAGGACACAACUCAGAAGAGAAACCCUGCGACUCUGUGCCAGAAUGAAAAUCGCAGACAUCAAAACAACUCAAGGCUGCUACAGCUGCUUUUGGAGACAGACAGGAUGUGGAUGACCAACGUUGUUGCUCUUUGUCUGCUGGCCCUUGUGGCCUCUGCAGAGGACAAGAAGCUGAGCAGCCAUGCCACCACGCUGGCUGACAACAGCGCCAACCUGGCUUUUAGCCUCUACCACAACAUGGCAAAGGAGAAAGACACAGAGAACAUCCUCAUCUCUCCUGUGGUGGUGGCCUCCUCUCUGGGGAUGGUGGCUCUUGGUGGAAAGGCCUCCACUGCCUCCCAGGUCAAGACCGUCCUGAGUGCUGACAAACUGAAGGAUGAGCAUCUGCACUCAGGGUUGUCUGAGCUGCUUUCUGAGGUGAGCAACGCCAAGACACGCAAUACUACCUGGAAGAUCAACAACCGCCUCUACGGCCCCAGCUCCGUCUCCUUCGCUGACGAUUUUGUGAAAAGCAGCAAGAAGCACUACAACUACGACCAUUCGAAAAUAAACUUCAGGGACAAGAGGAGCGCCGUGAACUCCAUCAAUGAAUGGGCGGCGAAGUCAACAGAUGGCAAACUGCCUGAGAUCACCAAGGACGUGCAGAACCCAGAUGGAGCCAUGAUUGUCAAUGCCAUGUUCUUCAAACCUCACUGGGAUGAGAAGUUCCAUGAUAAAAUGGUGGACAACCGAGGCUUCCUGGUUACUCGCUCAUUCACCGUUGGAGUUCCCAUGAUGCAUCGCACAGGUCUGUAUGACUUCUAUGAGGACACAGCGAACCGCAUCUUUGUGCUGAACAUGCCUCUGGGCAAGAAGCAGGCCUCCAUGAUCCUCAUCAUGCCCUACCAUCUGGAGCCCCUGGAGCGCCUGGAGAAACUCCUGACCAGGAAGCAGGUGGACACUUGGCUCAGCAAGAUGGAGAGCAAACCUGUGGCCAUCUCUCUUCCUAAAAUCUCUGUGGAAGUCAGCCACAAUCUGCAGAAACACCUGGCUGAGCUCGGCCUGACCGAGGCUGUGGACAAAGCCAAGGCUGACCUGUCCAACAUCUCUGGAAAGAAGGACCUCUACCUCUCCAACGUCUUCCACGCGUCGGCCCUGGAGUUGGACGUGGAGGGAAAUCCGUUCGACACCAACAUCUUCGGCACCGAAAAGCUGAGGAACCCCAAACUUUUCUACGUAGAUCACCCCUUCUUUUUCCUGGUGAAGGACAACAAGACCAACUCCAUCCUUUACAUUGGCAGAGUGGUUAGACCCAAAGGAGAUAAGAUGCGUGAUGAGCUAUAAUGUUAAUGUUGUGAAUCACUUUGGGUAGCUUUGUGAAAUUAUGUCAGGAUCCUGUGUGUUCAUUUUGGUAUUACUGUUCCUCAUGAGCACAUUCCAAUAGACAAUCUGUGGACUGAAAAUCUGAGCUUACUGUUUUUAGACACACUACACCUUCCCAGGGAACAAUUUUGUAUGUUUAAGCCUCAGCGUUAAGCCCCCUUGGAUUGAAUUAUGUCCUUAAUCACACAGAAAAACACAAAUAUUUACCUCAUUUGAGAUUUCCAUAAACAAAAAGCAGUUGGCACAGCAGACAACAUGCUUAUAUUAAGUAUGAUCUCUUUUUCUUUACAUUCUAUUUUUGCCAUUGUGGUUCGGCCAUGAUUAAUGUGCUCUUCUUGCAGUAUCUUUAAUGUUUAAAGAAAAAAAGAUCUUUGCACAAGCUUGUUUUACAGAUCUGUCUCACUCCCUCCCUUAUUUUGCCUCCAGUCUGCACUGCACUGAAUUGUUCGUCUACACAAGCUGAGUUUGCAGUGGAAAGGUGGCAAACGUCUGGAGCUUAAUUUAUGUCCACUUGCCAACCAUACUGUUGUUGCUGCAGGUAUUUUCCACAAAGAAGCUGUUGGAAUUCUGUGAUUAUGAAAUCAUGUGUUCAUUUUCCAAUAAAAAUAAAGGAAAUGUU